AUGUCGCAGAAGCUUUCAGCCUUGGUACACGCUGCAUUUGGCUCCAGCCAACGCUGCCUGGGCUUUGGGGCGAUGGGCAAGAUGACGCUGAAGGAAGUGGACGUGAGAGACAAGCGGGUGUUAAUCCGGGUUGACUUCAACGUGCCCCAGGACAAAAACGAUCCGAGCGUCAUCACGAAUACUCAGCGCAUCGAUGGGGCUAUGCCAACCAUUCGACACUGCCUGAAGAAGGGUGCCAAAUCAGUUGUGCUUUGUUCACACCUGGGCAGACCAGAUGGGAAAGUCGUCGAGAAGUACUCCUUGGCGCCUGUUGCCAAAGCUGUGGAGAGGAUCCUUGAGCAAGAGGUUCUUUUCUUGAAGGAUUGCGUGGGCAGCGAAGUUGAGGCAGCCUGUGCUGAUCCUGCUGCCGGUUCUGUUAUUUUGCUCGAAAAUCUAAGAUUUCACAUCGAAGAAGAAGGCAAGAAUGAAGCAAAGGAAAAGGCUGACCCCGACAAGGUUAAGGAUUUCCGAGCCUCCUUGGCAAAACUUGGAGAUGUCUAUGUGAACGACGCUUUUGGCACAGCUCAUAGAGCACAUAGCAGCAUGCUUGGUGAGGGCUUUCCCAUCAGAGUGGCUGGCUUUUUGAUGGGCAAGGAGUUGGCCUCAUUUGGCAAGGUCUUGAACAAACCACGCCGACCAGUCCUUGCAAUUCUUGGUGGUGCCAAGGUAAGCGACAAGAUUCAGCUCAUCAAGAAUAUGCUUGACAAGGUUGACAUUAUGAUCAUUGGAGGCGGAAUGGCCUAUACCUUCCUCAAAGUCAAUGAUGAAAUGGAGAUUGGCAAAUCCUUGUUCGAUGAGGUGUGCUUCUUGACACAUGUGAGAGGUGAGGCUGAUGAAGCAUUUUCCGAGAACGAAGAGAUGAAAAUCCAGGCGCGAUCGUUCAUCAAUGCAGCCGAAGCUGGAUACCAGACUCUACAAGAGCAGGCUCAGAAUCAAUUCAUGGAAAUGGCCAUGAACCACCGUCAACAAAUCGCUGGACUUGAAAUGAUGCAAGGUCAGAAAGUCUCUUUCCUCGAAAUGAACUUGGCGCAGCAACAGCAUGCAUCUAUGGAUUUUCAGAGGCGGUUAACUGAAACGGAAUCUGUACAGGCGCAACUACUGAAGGAACUUCGCGAAUUGAAGGGACGAAAGGACGAAGUGCCGAAGGGACUGCCGAAGUUCGCGAUUCCAUACCGAAGCAUGAAGCACCACUCACAGGUUUAUCUCAAGCCGAUGAUGUCCGAUCUUUUAGAACUGCUGAUCUGUUCGGUACUCCAUCCACGAAGUCUCAACCCGGAAGCCUAA